CUAAAUAUUUGCUUUUAAUUGGAACUCCAAAAAAAAAUACAAAAAAUCUUUGCCAUUGAAUAUGUAUUUUUACACAUUUUUAGAGUUAAAAAUGUACAAAACUCACAUAACAUCCAUUAAUAUUGAAGGUUGUAAAAAUAUGUGUCCGGUAACGACGAUUUCUUAACAUCUUCCUAAAAAGUGUUCUAGAUUCGUAACAAAAAAUCUCCCCUAUUUCGAGUUCAAUUAGCUAAAAAAAUGUGCAGCCACGUUCGUAAAUAAUCAAAUAUUGAAUGGUAUCAAGAACAAAUGUGAUUUUGUUAUGUUUUGUUCAAAUUAUACGAUGUGCCACUAUUGGUUUAUUAUUUGCUUCUGUAUUCCUGUAAUUGCCCUAUUUUCCCAAAUCAAAAGUGAGGUUAUGUUGAUCGUCUGACAUUCAUUUGCAAAAUCCAUCGCGAUGGGCAGUUUUGUUGACAUCCGAUAAUUUACUAAAUUUUUAUUAAACUGGUGCUACAACUAACAAAAGCUGGUGGAUUUCAUGUAAGUAACAUCAAGUUUCUUACAGUAACACUGCAUUAUCUCGAUUUCCCCGUUAUAGAAUGAGCGAAACGGAAAAAAAUCCCCGCAAGAAAAUUCAUCGCGUUUACGAUGAAAACCUGGUGCAGAGAUGCCUGGCUUCGACUACAAGCGGAGAAAAAUCGAUGUACGGCGCCAGCAAAGCAUUCGGAAUUCCAGUAUCUUCGAUUCGUUACCGUCUAAGCGAGAAGUGGACCAAAAAGAUUCGAAAGGGACCUCCAACAGUGCUGCUCCCGGAAGAAGAGAUGAAGAUUAUUCGGUGGCUGAAGGAGAUUGAAUGCAAGGGUUUUCCGGUAGUUAAAGAAACACUCCUACAUAAGGUCAAAAUGUACCUUGAAAAUAGCGCGAAAGUGAACCCGUUCAAGAACAAUGUCCCUGGGCGUAAAUGGUUUUUAGGAUUUCUCGACAGACACAAAGGCGAAAUCACGAUGCGAACUCCGGAAAGUGUAACGGCGGCCAGUGCCGUGGUUUCCGAGCAAGAUAUCCGGAAUUGGUUCACCAGAGUUGAAAAGUAUAUACAGGAAAAAGGACGUGGUGAAAUAUUGCUUGAGCCAAACCGCGUAUAUAGCGGCGACGAGACCUCCUUUUUUCUCAACCCAAAAACUAAAGCGGUUCUUGCAACACCUGGAAAUAUAAAUAUUUACGAAGUGGAGCACGCUAGUUCGCACACCAACAUUACAGUGAUGUUCACUUUUGGAGCUGAUGGGUCCAUGGUGCCAUCGGAUGUGGUUCUGCCUAUGCAAAGGAUUCAUCCGGAAUUGCUGAGAACCUUCCCCGAUUAUGGAUUAUAGUAAGUGUCUUGGUCACAGCGCAGCAAUAUCAUCGCUCUCGAGUUCUGAUCCGAUGAACAACGAUAUUAAUGAAGCACCUACAUCUCCAACAUCUCAGCUGGUUUCGUCUUGUUUGAACAACGAAAAUUCGUCAAAUCAACAACCAACGAUUUCCGUCGAAGGCCAUAGCACGAUUGUCCAGAGCGCUCAUGACUCGGCUUCGAAUGUUUUAUCUCCGGUAUACGUGGAACACUCAGUAAUUAUGCCCUACAGUGUCAUCACAAAUUCGCUGUGUUGUAUUGGACUAGCACUGCUAUCUAAGAUUCGCUCAGCAAAUACGGAAUUAAACGACGACGA